GCGUUAUCGAACACUAGACGUCUAAAGAACCAUAGGUACUUGCAAAAGAUGAGAGUCAUUGUCUUUAUCGGAUUGUGCCUGUGUUUGAUUGCUUCUUCCCACAUUGCAAUGGCCGGGCAUGGCUGUAAUGGUCCAUGGCAUGGAGACGAUAAGGCAUGCGCUAGUUAUUGCCAGCAUACAAAUCACUGCAGAGGGGGCUACUGCCCUGCUGAAAGACUUUGGUUGGUUUGUUGGUGUGUUGGAUGCAGGAAAACUAACACAAAGAAUGGAUCGUAAAGGAAAAUUAAAGAUCUUGUUAUAUCAAGCAUGGAUUUAUUGUCAAUAAAAGCAUACAAAA